AUGAAGUUCUCUGCCGUCCUCGCUACCUUCGCCUCCGUUGCCGUUGCCUUCGGUUCCGAAUACUACCAACCACCAAGCAACGGUACCGACUAUGGUGUCGAGACAACCACCACCGUUGUCACCGCCUACACCACCUACUGCCCAUACCCAACUACUAUUGUUGAGGGUACCAAGACAUACACUGUCACCGAGGCCACCACCUUGACCAUCACCGACUGCCCAUGCACCAGGACCUUGACCUGCUCCACCACCACCUCUACCUCCUGCCCACCAACCUCCACCCCAGUCUACACUAAGCCCCCAGUUGAGACUACCCCAGUCUACACUCCACCAGCUCCAGAGCCAACCCCAACCUAUGUCCCACCACCAAGCUACAACACCACCGUCCCACCACCACCAGUUGCUACUGGUGCCGCCUCUUCCAUGAAGAUGGCCUCCGGUGCCUUGGUUGCCGUCUUCGGUGCCGCUGCCAUGCUCUUGUAA